UGAAUGCGUGCGUCGUCGAAGCGAUCAAUGGUCGAACAUUUUCUAGCUGUCCUAAAUAGCGCACACACCGCUCCGUUGUUGAUGCUGAUCAGAGAGAGAAAAUUAGAGAGCGAGAGAGUCUAAAUCUUGCAUACAAACAGCUGUUCCCGCUGACAACAAUGUUCUCUUGGCUCACACGCACAACAGCGAAUAACAGCUGGUCAGCUGAUUUGAGUGUGCGAUCUUCGGAAGCCGCCAAAAACAUGACAGCGCUUCGCAGUUGCGCCUCAUUUGAACUUCAAACGCGAGAAAAGUAGCACAGACCGCCGGGAGAUACGGAUGCAAAGCUAUUAAAUCGAGUAAAAAAAUAUAAAUACAAAAAAUGUGAAAUAAAACAGAAAAAAUAUGUGCAUAUAUAUUGUAUGUAAUUAAAACACAGCAAGAGUCGGCAACAAAAAUAAUAAUAUUCCAAAUCAUAAUCAUAACAACAAGAAUAUGUAUCACAAAGCAAAGGCAAAGCAAGUGUGUGUGUUUAGUUGCCGGUGCUGAUCGAUGCUCUCAACAAUACUAUUACAACAUCGUAUGAAAACUCAAAACAAAAGCCAAAUGUGAUCCAGAAACCUGACAAACACUCGGAAAUUGCUUAGCUAUUAAUAGUGCGCCGUGAUUGUUGUUUUCGCUCAGAAUGGCAAUGAGCUAUCAUCGAAGAAGUGUAUUUAUUAAUGGAAAUUCAUUUGUGAGUUCUCUCUGCUUGCUGUUGGCUAUUUUCGGAAGCUUUGCGGUUGGCGUGGCGAAUGCGGAUUUGGAUGCUGGACAGCAGUCAUUGACACUUACAACUCCCAUCUCCGACACAAGCACAUCUCAAAUCAUUCCAAAGCGAGUCUCUAACAGCUGUGCAAACUGGGAAAAUGAGCCUGUGGCGGCAGAUGGAAAUUGCUCGCGGUUGGCGCAGCCGGGAUUAAUCCGUUGCCAUGGCGGAAUGAACAAUCUACAGAGGCUCAACUCCAAGCAUGGCAAACUGUUGCCCGUCAGGCAACUGCUUCUCUGCGGCCUGCCACAAGCGGCAUUUAAUCGACUCGGCGAGUUGCAACGAUUUCCCCAGCUGCGUUCGCUGACCAUCGAGUAUGGCGACUUUACGGAGUUGACUUUCGACUUUCCGGAAAUGUUUCAUCUGCAGGCCAUCAACAUUUCCUGGACGAAUCUCACGCACAUUUCGUCGCGCACUUUCAAGCGUCUGCACACAUUGAAGAUAUUGGAUUUGCGCUGGAAUCAACUGAUUCAACUGGAGGGACCACUGAUCUUGCCGCACACAUUCCAGCAGCUCUAUCUGGCCGGCAAUCCAUGGAACUGCACCCGCAACUUCAAGUGGUUGUUACUGCAACCUGAUAAGGGUCGUCUGGUUGCAGACAGAGACGAACUCAUAUGCACCGAUGGCAAGUACAAGGAGCUGCAAAUGAUGCUCGUCAUGCACUAUAAAGUGACAGUAAGAAAAGAGUGCGAAUCUCAUGAGGAACUGCGGAACUGCACCUGCCUGAUGACCUACAUGCAUAAGACAUACACACCUCACUACACGAUCAUCUGCUCCAAUCUGCAGUUCAACCGCUUGCCAUCCUAUCUGCCCGUGAACACAUCCUCAUUGUACAUUAAUGAUAAUCUAAUCAGCGAUGUGAGUCCUCUGCGCGACAAUCCGCAUUACAGAGAUGUGGUAGACAUGCAGUUGAGCAACAAUCGCAUCUCGAGCAUCGAUAUACUGGAGGACACCUAUUGGCUGCAAAACUUCCGAAUGCUCAAUCUGCAUGGGAAUCUCUUGCGCAAAUUUCAGGUCUAUGCCUUAGACAAUGCCCUCGAGGACAACCCGCAUGGGGCUCGACUGCUAUUCAGCAAGAAUCCUUGGCAUUGCACUUGUAAAUUUGGCAUGCGACUUCGUCAACUGUUGACCAAGUACAUUGAUAUUGUUCCAGACGCGUAUAACGUCACCUGCACCUACUCCAAUGGCGACGAGUUGCGUCAUGCCAAGGUGCUAUCUCUCACCCGCGAGGAUAUGUGCAAUGUAGAUCCUGUCGAUGAAUGGUUUAUGCAUCCCAUCGAUUUACUUAACUGCAUCUUUGCCAGCCUCAUUCUUCUCAUUCUGGGAAAACUGGGAUACGACUAUUACUUUUAUAGAUAUCACGGUAAAGUUCCUUGGAUUGUCUUGAAGAUGCCCUAAACCGUAAUUGAUUAUGGCGAUUACCCUUUAGUAAAAGUUAUCGAUUCGAUAUCGAAUGCAUAUAAAGACAUGCUCUUCAUGAUCUGAUCUUAUUAUAUAUACCUGGUAGAAGUACAUAAGUAUUAUCUUUCAAUUAUGCCAAGCAUUUCAAAUAUAUUCUUUAACCAUUAAUAA